AUGCUCUCUCUAUCUGUUUCUCUCUUCUCUCUGUAUCUGCCUGACCUGUUUCUUUAUUUGUGUCUUUCUCUUCUCUUUGUAUGUAUCUAUCUUUCUCUCUCUUCUCUCUGUAUGUAUCUAUCUUUCUCUCUCUUCUCUUUGUAUGUAUCUAUCUUUCUCUCUCUUCUCUCUGUAUGUAUCUAUCUUUCUCUCUCUUCUCUUUGUAUGUAUCUAUCUUUCUCUCUCUUCUCUUUGUAUGUAUCUAUCUUUCUCUCUCUUCUCUCUGUAUGUAUCUAUCUGGCUCUCUCUUUUCUCUUUGUUUGGCUGUCUCUCACCUCACUCUAUCUGUAUGUUUCUCUCUUAUCUCUAUUUUUAUCUGUCUCUCCCUUGUCUUUAUUUGUAUCUGUUUCUCUCUUCUCUCAGUAUGCAUAUAUCAUCUCUCUGUCUUCUCUCUCUACAUCUAUCUGUUUCUUUCCUUUCUCUUUGUCUUUUUGUCUCUCACCUCUCUCUAUCUGUAUGUUUCUCUCGUCUCUCUCUCUCUCUCUCUCUCUCUGUUUGUCCUCUUUCUUUUUAUUUUUGUACAUCUCUCUCUCUUUUCUCUCUGUAUGUGUCUGUCUAUCUCUAUCUGUUUCUCUCUUCUCUCAGUAUGCAUAUAUCAUCUCUCUGUCUUCUCUCUCUCUCUCUCUCUACAUCUAUCUGUUUCUUUCCUUUCUCUUUUUCUUUCUAUCUCUCACCUCCCUCUAUCUGUAUGUUUCUCUCGUCUCUCUCUUUCUCUCUGUUUGUCUCUGUCCCCUUUCUCUUUAUUUUUGUACAUCUCUCUCUCUUUUCUUUCUGUAUAUGUCUGUCUAUCUCUCUCUAUUUGUUUCUCUCUUCUCUCAGUAUGCAUAUAUCAUCUCUCUGUCUUCUCUCUCUCUCUCUCUCUACAUCUAUCUGUUUCUUUCCUUUCUCUUUGUCUUUUUGUCUCUCACCUCUCUCUCUCGCUGUAUGUUUCUCUCUUCUCUCUCUCUCUCUCUUCUCUCUGUAUGUGUCUGUCUAUCUCUCUCUAUUUGUUUCUCUCUUCUCUCAGUAUGCAUAUAUCAUCUCUCUGUCUUCUCUCUCUCUCUCUCUCUACAUCUAUCUGUUUCUUUCCUUUCUCUUUGUCUUUUUGUCUCUCACCUCUCUCUCUCGCUGUAUGUUUCUUCUCUCUCUCUCUCUCUCUCUCUCUGUAUGUGUCUGUCUAUCUCUCUCUUUGUUUCUCUCUUCUCUCAGUAUGCAUAUAUCAUCUCUCUGUCUUCUCUCUCUCUCUCUCUCUCUACAUCUAUCUGUUUCUUUCCUUUCUCUUUGUCUUUUUGUCUCUCACCUCUCUAUCUCUCUCUCUCUCUCUGUAUGUUUCUCUCUUCUCUCUCUCUCUCUCUCUGUUUGUCUCUGUCUCCUUUCUCUUUAGUUGUGUGCAUCUCUCUCUCUCUCUUCUCUCUGUAUGUGUCUGUCUAUCUCUCUCUAUCUGUUUCUCUCUUCUUUUUUUGUCUGUCUCUCACCUCUCUCUGUAUCUGGUUAUCUCUCUUCUUUGUAACUGUCACUUCUUCCUCUUUAUUUGUAUCUGUCUGUCUAUUCUCUCUCUAUGUGUCUAUCUUCCCUCUGUCUUCAUCUAUCUGUCUCUUUUCUUUCUCUUUUUCUUUCUGUCUCUCACCUCUCUCUAUCUGUAUGUUUCUCUCUUCUCUCUGUUAG